AUGGGCCGCGGGCUGACCCUCCUUCUCCUGCUGCUGGCCUUGCUAGCGGCCCGUGCGCAGGCUGAAGGCGUGGCGGCGACGGAGGUUAAAAUAGAGGUGUUGCACCUCCCGGAGGUGUGCACUCCGAAGAGCAAGAAGGGAGAUCUGCUGAACGCGCACUACGACGGUUUCCUGGCCAGCGAUGGAUCCAAGUUUUACUGCAGUCGGACACAAAAUGAAGGUCAUCCGAAAUGGUUCGUUCUGGGUGUUGGACAAGUCAUAAAAGGGUUAGAUAUGGCUAUGAUGAACAUGUGUCCUGGAGAAAAACGGAAAGUGAUCAUUCCUCCAUCGUUGGCAUAUGGAGAGCAAGGAUAUGUACAGGGUAAAAUUCCACCCAAUGCAACACUGAUCUUUGAGAUUGAACUUUAUGCAGUAAAUAAGGGACCACGCAGUGUUGAAGCAUUUAAUCAAAUAGACAAGGACAGUGACAAGAAGCUCUCUCAACUUGAGAUAAGCCAGUAUUUGAAAGAAGAGUUUGCAAGAGACGGCAAAAAACGUCAUCCCUCAGUCCAUGAUGAAAUCUUAGCUGAUAUAUUUAAGAAGAAUGACCACGAUGGAGAUGGUUUCAUAUCAGCAAAGGAAUACAAUGUCUACCAGCAUGAUGAACUCUAAGUACCUUAAAAAUUUUUGGCUGU